GAUUUUGGCGGCUUCGGAGGAGGCGAAGGCUUUUCUGAUUUCACCAAACGCCUACCGGACGAUUGCAUUGAAUACACAAUUUUUGUCAUCGAUUCGAAACUCAAGACCGACUAUGCUCGCCGAGAGAAGCUGAAAGCUGUUCAAUCAGCUGCUAAUGCUUUACUCAAAAGUGCGGACCUCAAGGAUUAUAUCUGGCAACGCGAGAAAUUCCAACUAGACUUGAUUGAUGCCAGGAUCGACUCUAGCCUCAAUGGCAACGAAGCUGGAGAAGCGUCAGAAGAAAAGUUACAGAUCCCUGGUCACGAUUACUACCUUCAUGGACGAACCAAUUUUGGCGACUCAAUAGCAGACGAAUGGUUAAUUGUGUGGCUCCUUCUCGAUCUCAGCCAACGGCAUACCUCGGCAUGGAUUCAAGUUCGAGAUCCCGAUGGUGAAUUUCUGCUCGCAGAAGCUGCGAAUGCUUUGCCAAAAUGGUUGGAACCUGAACUUGCCGACAACCGUGUUUGGAUACAUCGCGGACAACUUCACAUCAUACCACUACAAAGAAAUGCUGGCAGUGGAGCAUCAGGACCCACAACUCCUGGUAUCUCUGGUAACGUCGACAUAGCACAAGCUUUGCUGUUCUUGCAGCAAACUCCUCACUCGACAAUGCACUCGCCCAUGAUUGAAGAGGAAGCUUUCCACCGCUUGAGAGACUAUCCAGCCGCUAUCUCGAAGAGCCAACAUAACGCACUAUUAUCUGUACCUCGCCGUCUCGCCUACCUCCUUCAUCGCAAUCCAGCCUACGUAGCCCCAGCUAUCGAGGCAUUCUACCUUCGCGAUCCCAUCGCUGUGAAGCCCCUGGCCACAAAGGACACGGCUACUCUCCAAUUCGCUCCCGAAGAUUUUGUCACUGUGAGUGUGCGCUUUCCCAAAGUCGGCUAUGCACAGCUCGUGAGUCAGGACUUCCCUCCACCGCUAGCUUGGGUAGGCAUAACUCCUCACAUCCACAAGAAGCCUGUUCUGUUGGGUAUGAAGCUAUCUUGUGGUUUCGAGAUGAUGCUACGUGAUCCUCAAAAUAAGAACAAGCGCGAAGUCAGAGAGAUGAACAUGCUACUUGAAGACGUCGAGGAAGAGGAAGACACAUUACCUUCAGACAAAGAGAUCAGAUCAUGGCCGCAGCAUGAAGAUGAUGAUAAAUGGCUGGAUAUCGACUUUAACGACUUUGACAAAGAGCUCAAAGGUCGUAGUGGCGGGGUCGCAGCAGGCGACAUGCCUGAAGGCCAGGGCUUUGGUGAUAAAUCAACACAAAAAGAUCUUCAAGACAUGGUCUCACGCUUCGAAAAGUUCCUCAACGAAGACGAAGAGACUGGUGCCGAGACCUUCUCCUCUGGCUCUUCGGCCUUUGAUUCAGACGAAGAAGAUGAGGACGACGAAGGUGAAGACAAAGCCGGCUCUUUCACAGAUGCAGAGUUUGAACGAGCGAUGCGCGAGAUGAUGGGCAUGCCUGACACAGAAAAAGAAACAAACGGUUUGAAUUCAGAAGCUAGAAAACUGGCUCUGGAAAUGGAAGAUGAGGAAGAAAUGGAAAGAGACGACGAAAAAGAAGCAGAACAGAUCUGGAAGAUGAUGCAAGAGAUCCACGAAUCAAGGAAAAAUGGAAAUAACGACAAGAGCAAGGACAAGGACAUCGAGGGCAGAAACAAGAACAAAGGCAAAGGAAAAGCAAAGGCACGACCGGUGACUAUCGAUGAUGAGAGCAGCGAUGAUGACGAUCUACUUGCUGGUGAAGAUGGAGACCCACAUUAUGAGAUGCUGAAGAACAUGCUCGAGAGUUUCCAGGGACAAGGUGGCAUGGCUGGGCCUGCUGGCAAUCUCAUGGGCUUGAUGGGCAUGGGUAGCAAACUGCCGCGAAACUAA